AUGGCAGCAGACAGUGAUGUGGCUCCUGAAGGAAAGUCAAGCACUACUCCUCCCAAAAGGGCUGUCCACAAGAUCCAAAUGGCCAGCGGAGUCUACAGCUUGGCACAAGGUUGGCAGCAGUGGGCAUCUGACCACCACAUAAAGCAAGCUCAAGAGCCUUCUGGAUGGGUCCUCCCUGCAGAAGACUCAUCAGCUCAGCCUGUCCAAGAAAGACCCUUUGAAAAAUGGUCAAUUCCAUCUGUCAAGAGGGACCAAGGAAAAGAUGAGCAAAAAUCCUCAGCCAAGGAAUCACUGACAGUAAGAGAUGCUGAAAAAAAUUCAAGGGAAUCAGAUGAAGCCCUCAAGAAGUUCAGCAUUAAAAGCAAAGAGGUGACCAAAACCAUUGUAAGCAAAGCCUAUGAACGGGGAGGUGACGUUAGCCUCCUCAGUGAAAGGUAUGAGAAUAACAAUAGCAAUUCAGAGAUGACCAAGCUCAAAGAAGAAUCGAGUGCUAUUGACAAAAUUCUUAGUGGCAAAUUAUCUCCAACCAUGAGGAGAAAGUGUUCAAACAUGGUGUCAGAGCUGACCAAGGGCUGGAAACAGGUGGAACAAGAGGACAACAGGGAGGCUAAGGAAAAUCUGCUACUUAAGUGCCAUCGUGACAGCAUAGAUACAGUGGACAGUGGCUAUGGGGAAGGAGAGGACAAACUCGAGCAAGAAGACAGCGACCGAGAGGUGACAGCUGUGAGGAUUAAACGACCUAUGCCAUCUCUGGCAAGCAGGUUUAGUGAAGGAGCACGCAGCCAAGCCCACAGGAAACACAGCGCUGUCAACAGCCUGAAGGAUAGAUGGCAAGAAUGGGCUGACCAGCACAUGGCAACACAGAAGCUGAAUCCCUUCAGCGAGGAAUUUGACCAUGAGUUGGCCAUGUCCACACGCCUGCACAAAGGAGAUGAAGGCUAUGGCCGUCCAAAGGAAGGAACCAAAACUGCUGAAAGGGCCAAGAGAGCCGAGGCCCACAUCCACCGGGAGAUUAGAGACAUGUGCUUCAUCAUCGAGUCAAUGGCUAAACCACGGCCCGACGGCAAGAUCCAGGUCACUUUCGGGGAACUCUUUGAGAGAUACGUUCGUAUUUCAGACAAGGUUGUUGGGAUUCUCCUGAGAGCCAGGAAACAUGGGCUGGUGAACUUUGAGGGAGAAAUGUUAUGGCAAGGAAGGGAUGAUAAUGUCAUAAUUACUUUAUUAAAAUAA